CUUUCACAAAGGAAAAGCACACGUGCAACAAAACACGCACACACAACACAAGCGAACAAGCAAACAAGCAAGCAAGCAAGCAAGCGGUGGUGGUUGUGCAAGGGUUGGUUGAGUGUGUGUCAGUGGGUGUUGGCGGUGACCACGACAACGAAGUGAGAUGAUGCUGACGAUGGUGGUGGACGGAAUGACGAGGCGGGUGGCGGUGGCGGUGGCGUUGGUGGUGUUGGUGGUCAGCGUGUCGUGUCCGCGUGUGGUGGUGGGAUCGCUGCAAGGGCUGUACGCGAUGGAAGGUGGCAGUGGGCAGCUGCAGCGCGUGGACUGGCGGACGGGCACGGUGGAGAAGGUCGGGCCUUCGCUGCAGAGCAAAGGCUGGCACGUGGCAGACUGCACGCCAUCGGACGUGGACCGCACCGGCAAGUGGUACUUUGCCCUGGCGAAGCCCGUGUCCAGGAACGACAGCAGCACCCCCGACGCAGCGCAGCCAUGGACGCUGAUUGGCAUGCUGCUUGCAGACGCCACGAUCCGCACAACACAACAGCUGCCGGACUUGUUUGACCCCGGCAUGGACGCGUGCGAGCACACAGUGAGCGUCAACAGCGGGUGGGACGCCAUUGUGACGGCAGUCACCGGCAAGCACACCGCAGACCCGCGCCUCUCUGUCGUCCUGUUUAACUACACCUUGGCAACCACGCGCCAGACGCGCGUGCUUGUGAACGAGAGCUUGGCGGCCAUCGGGCUCGGCGGUCCGGCCAAGCACCCGGCCACCACCUUUGUCACGGCAACCGGGUCACUCUGGGUGCAGCUUGAGCAGGGCCUGGUGGAGUGCUACCUCACCAACGGGUCCUGUGCCCGCACGCUCCCGUUUGCGCCACAGCAGCUGCUUACGGGGUUGCAAUACCAGCCAUCUUCGUUCGUGUAUGGCGUGCUCGUGCCCCCGCCCUCGCGGAACGCUGCACAGCUGCAGACCGCACAACCAGCGGCGCAGACACACGCCCUGGGCGCGUUCGACCCGAUAUCCAUGGCGCCAAGCAUCACGCGCAUCACACUCUCGUCGCCCGUCACCGUUGCGCACGGUGGCACUGCCAUGGCGCUGCUGUCCGACCAGGCAAAGGUCGUGCUGCUCACAACAGGUGGCGACUUGGUCACAGCACACAUCAACGGCACCGUCGCCAGUACUGUGAAGCUUUGUUCCCCGAGUGCUAACGUGUCCCUGCCAGCGUGUCCCGCCAGCAUGGUGUACGAGCCAUUCGUCUUCUAAUCGCACCUCUGUGUGUGUGUGUGUGUGUGUG